GGAAGUGAUGUCAUGCAGUUGUCAGCUGAUCGGUGGGAGGAAAUGUUUGAUGCUAGCAGGUGCUAGCAGAAGGAUUGUUGUCAGUUGAAAAAAAACAACCUUUUAUUUGAUUUCAGGAUCUCGUUUCUCCUUUUUCUUAGUAGGCUGUAUUCUGGGACUUCAACAUAGAAAAAUUAUGUCGGGCGUCGCCUUCAAACUGCUCUCUCUUCUUGUUGGUUUGUUAUUUAUAUCAACACAGACGACGGAUGCUAAGGUAGGCUCUGUUGUUCAAGACUGUCAUCUGCUUUAUAGCUAAGUGCCCUUUCGUCUAUUGUAAUUUAAUCCGUUUUAUUUUGACAUUGUUUAAUGUUAGUUGUUGGGUCAGCUAGUUAGUUACUGUAAUUAGCCAGUUAGACAAAUCUGGCUCAGGUUAGUAUGUCCUUUCAUUUGACGACAAUGGCUAAAUUAUCUAACUAGUUAGCUGGUAACCUGCUCUGUAAAUGUGCAGUUAAUGUGAUUAUUCCAUUGGCUGUGUGAGCUUAUUUUAGAAGCCAGUCAGCUAGUUAGCUAGUUAUAUCACUGUUUUAUGGCAUUAACGGUUCUCUGAUAUCACAGCCUGACCAUUUUCCCCAACUUUUCCCUUAGAAUUCAGAGGAUAUUCGGUGUAAAUGUACCUGCCCACCGUACAGAGACGUCGAUGGACAGAUCUACAAACAAAAUGUAUCUCUAAAGGAUUGGUAUGUUGUGUUGUCAUGUCAUUUACAGAUGAUUACAUACUGGUCGCGUUCCACUGCUUAGACGUUGCCAGAUCGUACAACGCCUGGAUAGGUAUUUCACCUAUCAGCUAAUCACACCAUAUGUUAUAACAAUCUGUCAAUCGAUGACACAGUCGAAGAUGUGGCACACAACCAUUUGGUUGAUGCAUGCAGUAGAAUGCGACCACUGUCUGGGGUGGGGUGAAUGUAUGGGUUGUCUGAUGGAUUAGGCUAACUGUAAUUUUAUACUGUCAUAUGAAUGAUCUCAAAUCAUAUUUGGAUAACUGUUACUAACUUCAACCUCCCUGUGCUUUCAAAUAAGUAUUAUGAUUCAAUUGUGUAUUUGUUUUCAGUAACUGCCUCCAUGUUGUGGAGCCAAUGCCAGUUGACGGAAAGGAUGUGGAGGCGUACUGUCUGCGUUGUGAAUGCAAAUAUGAGGAGAGGAGUUCUGGAACCAUCAAGGUAAGUCUGGGAAAUCUACCAACCAGUUAGUUAGUUACUGUAACUAACUGUACCGUUGCUAUCCUGCCAUGUGGUAAAGCAGAGAGGAAGUGAUUCUUCAUACUUUCAUGUGGAUAUUUUGGCUUAAAUUCCCAACGGCAGAAGGACAACAGGCAAAGUAGGUUCAAAUUGAAUUGUAUUCAACGUUCCUGACACACAGGGGACAUUACGAUUUCGGCAAUGGGAUAUCACUCAACGAUGUUGCCUAAGUGGGAUAGCAUCGGCGCAUGCGCUCUGCUACUAACCAGUCAACUCUGUCUAUUAUUGCUGAGCUGAAAUGGAGUCAAUAGUUGCAUGCAGCCCAGGCCUAAUGGGUUAAUGAGUUUGUGUCCACUGUGUUCCAGGUAACUAUCAUAAUCUACCUGUCCAUCCUGGGCCUGCUGUUCCUCUAUAUGGUGUACCUGACCCUGCUGGAGCCCAUGCUGAAGAGGAGGCUCUUUGGACACUCACAGCUCCAGAAUGAUGAUGAUGUCGGGGUAUGUGUGCAUGUUGCCCAUCCUAACUAUAGUGGUGGCCUUUAAGUCAAAGCAGUUGUUGUAGCCAUGACAUUUUUGUUGUUUGAUUGUGGAUCUCGUAUUGUGUGAUGUGUUUGCGCAAUAUAUGUGGUGAUGUCUCAUGCUGUAAAUUGAUUUAAAUUGAUUUGAUGAAUAGCUUGUAGAUAAUUGUUUUAGGAAGUGCCCUUCUCACUGUAAUGUCUGUCUCUGGGUUCAGGACCAGCAGCCUUUCGCCAACGCCCACAACGUAUUGUCUCGUUCGGCCUCUCGUCCCAACAUGCUGAACAAAGUGGAGCACGCUCAGCAGCGCUGGAGGAGGCAGGUCCAGGAACAGAGGAAGUCUGUGUUUGACCGCCAUGUGGUGCUCAGCUAAACCCAUCCCCAGGAAACAAAAACCCUGGGUGAAGCAAAUAUAAUUACUGUGACUGUGUGGUCCCUCCUUUUUAUUUUUUUCUUCUUUUGACUGAUUCUUUCCCCGACUUCCGAGCUUCAUCCUCAUUGGUGUUUUGUUCCUCAACAGGACCUGUAUUUCAUGAAAUGUGAUCAUAUAGCUCUAUAUAUUGAGGAGGUGAUCAUAAAGGGUCUCUACAUAUUUAGGUGGUCCUCUGUAGCUCAAUUGG